AUGCUUACAUCGAACAAGAAUACAUCUGACGAAAAUAGUCAAAAUGAUUACUCCUUUGAAGAGCCCAUAUUAUCCAGUGAAAAUGAUUUAAUUGAUCCUGCUGAGUUAGAGUCAUUACCUAAAAUCUCUUUAACAGAGACCACUGAUUGUAGUUUCGAAGAAUUUUGCAAAAAUCUCAAUUUGUUUACUAGUGAUAAUGUAAGAAUUAAUAGCAGAUGUUUUUAUAAAAUUGAUGAAUCCGGAAAGAAAAUAACUUUCGAAAAUAAAAGACAUCCGAUUCGGAUAACGACAGAAACUUCAUUUGUUGAACGAAAUAGUGUCACAACUUAUAAUAGCAUUCGUAGUAGCACUAAUGCUGAUUCAGAAUUAUAUCAAGAGUUUAAUCUUGAAGACUCUUUCGAAGAACAAGUUAAUGAUUAUCUUGAAGACCUUUUCGAAGAGCAAGCUAAUGAUAAUCUUGGAGGCUCAUCCGAAGAACAAGUUAACGAUAAUCUUGAAGGCUCUUCCAAAGAACAAGCUAAAGAUAAUCUUGAAGACUCUUUCAAAGAACAAGCUAAAGAUAAUCUUAUACAUUUAUCUAAAAAUGCCAUUCCAGAUCAAAUUUUUGUCAGCAUAAAAUCUCUGCAAUUCGAUUUAAGUCCGAUGAAAUCUGAUUUCAAGAAAUCAAUUCAUCUAGCGACCCAAUCUGCCUCUCAUCAUACGAAGCCUGCCAUUUCUCUCAAAAAACAAAUGGGAAAGGCGUUUCUUUUCCCUUUUAAUUAUCAUUCAUUGGUUUUCGACACGCUAAAAUUGGAUUUUUAUAUCUAUGAAUCUUUGUUAAAUACAAAGAAAAAGUUUGGACGUGUUAUCGUUCGAUUGAAUGUUUUAAGACAAGCUAUUUUAGAUCGAUCUAAAUUUGAAGGAACUUUUCCUAUCGAAAACAACGAAUUAUUACAUCUUUAUGAUGUUG